UAUAUUUUUUCCUGCGUACUAAACUGGAACCAGCUACUGAAGGACAAAGAGAGAGUUAAGGAAGCCAGUGGAGCUUUUUAGACGGGCAUUAAGGUAAAGUUUAAGACAACAUUGAUGCCAGAAGCAAACAUCCACCAUUCCUAGCCCGAGUCAGUCAGAAGAGAGGCAGCCGAGUUCAGGCCUGAGACUGGUCAUGCUACCGGUGUGAGCUGUCUGGAGACUGUAUGGGCCCCGCUAUGGCAGUUUUGGCAGGUGUGAAGGCUGGGUCUGGACAAAGGACUGGUGAAGGGAGGCUGUCCUGGCCGGUUUUCCUGCUGACGCUAGCUGCCGUCACCUCCUCCUCUCUUUCAGCGUUGUCCCUGUACCAACUGGUGGCUCUCAGAGCGGAGGUAGAGGGACUCAAAUCAGAGGUUGGUCGCAGGAGAGAAGAGGGACAAGAGGCCAAGCAUGCAGGCCAGAGUGACAAUAUCAGUAGGAGAAGCAGCCAAGAGACCUUGCACCAACCUGGGUUACAACAUGCUCUCCCCCUUAUAAGGAAGAAAAGAUUGGUCUCUGGAUCAGAGACAUUAGUUUCUCAGCCUUGCCUGCAGUUGAUGGCAAACAAUAGCAGGAAAACCUUCCAGAAAGAAUAUAACUCGGAGCCGCACACAGGUAUCCCCUGGCAGGCAGGGCUGAGGAGAGGCUCCGCCCUGGAGGUGGACGGAGACAGCAUCUUAGUCACAGAGGAGGGCUACUACUUUGUGUACAGUCAGGUCUACUACAUGGACAGCACCUUUGCAAUGGGCCAUGUGGUGAUCCGGAGGAAGAGGAAUGUGGUGGGAGACGAGCCUCAGUAUGUGAUCUUGUUCCGCUGCAUCCAGAACAUGAACCCCGUCCACCCUUACAACACCUGCUACACGGGAGGUAUCGUGAAGCUGGAGAUCGGGGACCACUUGGAGCUGCUGAUCCCUCGCUCCACAGCCAAAGUGUCCCUGUAUGGAGACACCACCUUCCUGGGUGCUGUCAAACUGGCUUAAAAAUGUGUCACCUCAUUUCAGACUAGAGGGACACUGUGGUGUGGUGGUGGUGGUGGUGGUGGUGGUGGUGGGAAAAGGUGCUAUGAUGAGAGCAGCAUAGCACAGUUCUGGUGACCUCGCAUGACUUUGGGGUGAUGUGAUUAUGCGAGGUGAGAAAAAUACAGGAAGCAGCCAUAUCUGUGCGGGCUGAGUGAUAGACUGCGUGUCUCCUAGCUUGUUCCGCCUGAGGAGACAUGAAAAAGAGUUGAUUGCAUGGUCUUUACUCUUAUGACCUUUUCUUGGAUGGACCUUAUACAUGUAGCUACAGCUGUAUUAUGCUCAUUUCUACUAUACAUCAUUACAGAAUAUUGUUAAAAAAAACUGUCAGAGUCAAAUACUUUAUCUUCAAAUAAUGAUGUGACUUUGUCUGACUUGUAAGAUAUUUGUUACUUGUGUGUCAUUCUCAUACUGUUUUGAUCAAUAUUCUUCCUCCUGUAGCAGCAGCAUUACUUAAAUAGCUCUCAUAUGUCAUUUUAGAUAUUCAAACAAAAAAAUAUCAUCUCAAUGUAAUAAUUCGAUUUAAGUUUAUUAACUGAUUAAAAAUUCAGAUGCAAUAAAGUGACAGUUCUGUGCAAAAUAUAUGACAUCAUCUGAAAUCUGGGUGGAGGUUAUUGUUCCUUUGUUGGCCACAAGAAGGAAAGACUUCAAUGUGACAGAACAGAGAGAGGAAUGGAGCUGAGGUUGAGCAGUGACAGUGGAACAAUCAGGUAAAAGUGCCUAUUUUUAGACUGAGGCUCAGCUGUACAGGCAGAUGAUGUCUGCACAUUCAAAGCAGCUCCUGCUCAAUUCAUUUGUAAUGCCUGAAGAGCCAGGAGGAAAAAGUGAUAUGUGCUCAAUGGAUGAUACUUCAUGUAAACUAAGCUAAGCUAGUGGGGGAGGGAGAGUUACACCUAAUGUUUUAUUUUGUAAUGCAUCUUCUGGGCGAUUUUAUUGUGCAAGUCACAUCAACUUUAUAAAUGAAUGAAACAGAGUAAAUGGUUAUUAAAAACUAAAGUACAAUAUGAAUUAUUAUAGGUUUUAUUUUACACAGAAUAGUUUUGCCUAAUGAAAAGCAUAAUAGUGGAACACAGUAUAGAUAAUGGAAAAAUAUAAAUACUGAUAUUUAUCACCCACCCCUCGUAUACAGGAAGUUAAGUUUGAUCUAUAUCUUUGGCUGUUAUUUUCUGUAAGGGAACAACAAACACAACUAACACACUGCUCAUUUUUGGAACUAAAGGUUUGUUUGGUGGCAGUGGCAGCCCCGGGGUAAGACACCCACCCACAUGUAACUCAGCUUGUGCCCAGUGUCAGUUAAGUCUAUGUUUUGCCUCCACACAUUUGUACUUCAAGUCACUUGAUCUCAUUAUUUUUUGUUGGUUGGGAAGCAUCUCUGUAUUUUGUCA